CUCUUACUCAUGGGUAUCAACAGGGCUCUGACUAGGGAGCACCGCAGUGAGAUCCUGGAGUGGGUUCCCAAAGUUCCAGCUCUUGUAGAUUUCCUUGGGCGGUAGAUUUGUGCUCUCAGGACUCAGAGCUUGGAGCUGGUACACUAGCGCAGCAGCUUACCUUGGGCUUGAAAGGGGAUUUAAACUCAGUCUUAGCCAGCCCAUGCCCUCGAUCCCCAGCUUUAAGAAGAUACCCGGAUUUACCAAACUUCAACGGCCGGUCUUGGAGUUAUUAAUUGAUGACAGCAAAAGAUCGGACCUCUUCAAAACACUCGGACAAGCUUCGGUGGAGGCCGUGUGGAACGCUGACCUGUCUACGUCAAGCUACCCAAUAAUAGAGAAGGAACCAAUGAGUGCACUCUGGGCCCAGCUGGGUGGGUACCCAGAUAUUCCCAAGCUGCUGCAGUUAGACAUUCAGUCGACCUUCAGAAAAUCUCUUGCUUCCAUCCGGUCACAGUCUAAGAAGAUUCACAAGUGACCACAAAGACUAAAGACAAGCAUGUAAAAAGCAAAUUUCAAUGUUUCAGUAAAAUGCCUUUAUUUUUUACUUCUUUCAUGGAUAUAAAUUACUAUGUUUACUCU